AUGAAGUUAACUGUUGCAUUAUUGGCUGUGAUAGUGACCAUCUUUGGGGUUUCAAUAGAUGGGUGUCACUGCAAAAUUGUGCAGUUCAUCUUCGGAGACUCGCUGUCGGAUGUCGGCAACAACAACUACCUCUCCAGGAGCUUGGCUAGGGCAAGCUUGCCGUGGUAUGGCAUUGAUUUUGGCAAUGGAAUGCCUAAUGGGAGGUUCACUAAUGGUCGUACAGUGGCUGAUAUAAUAGGGGACCAGAUGGGUCUUCCAAGGCCGCCAGCUUUUCUAGAUCCAUCUCUGACCGAAGACGUUAUAUUGGCAAAUGGAGUGAAUUAUGCCUCUGGAGGUGGUGGGAUUUUGAAUGAAACUGGUGGUUUAUUUAUUCAAAGAUUCUGUCUGUACAAGCAAAUUGAGUUGUUUCAAGGAACACAAGAUCUAAUAAAAGCAAGAAUUGGCAGCACAGAAGCUGAUAAGUUUUUCAAAGAAGCUCAGUAUGUGGUUGCUCUGGGAAGCAACGAUUUCAUCAAUAACUACUUGAUGCCAGUUUAUAGCGAUUCAUGGACUUACAAUGAUCAAAGCUUCGUGGCCUACUUGAUGGAAACACUCCAAGAACAACUUAAACUAUUGCAUAGUUUAGGGGUACGACAGUUGAUGGUGUUUGGACUUGGACCAAUGGGUUGCAUUCCACUUCAGAGGGUGCUGAGUACAUCAGGGGAUUGCCAAGAUAGAACAAACAAAUUGGCUCUCAGUUUCAAUCAGGCAACAAACAAGCUUAUUGUUGACAUCUCCAAGACCCUCCCCAAUGCAAGCUACAGAUUUGGAGAUGCUUAUGAUGUUGUCAAUGAUGUGAUUACCAAUCCACACAAACAUGGAUUCAAUAACUCAGACUCACCUUGCUGCUCAUUUGGGCAAAUUAGACCAGCUCUGACAUGUGUUCCUGCAUCAAUAUUGUGCAAAGAUAGAAGCAAGUAUGUGUUUUGGGAUGAGUACCACCCAUCAGACAGUGCAAAUGAGUUGAUUGCUAAUGAGCUCAUCAGAAAACUUGGAUUUUUGACUAAUGGUACUGCUCAUGCUCCUUCCCAGCCACCAGCAAUUGCUCCUUCCCAGCCACCAGCAAUUGCUCCAUCCCCUGAGGGUUGAUAAUUUGCAGUUAUAAUCAUUGUCUGCCUCUUUCUGAUAAAGUGAUACCAUAUAUUGCUCCAUGUGCCCAUACGAGGAGAGCAAUUAAUUUUCUAAUUUGUAACCUUUGAUGAGUAAUUUAUAUAUAUAUAUAUAACAAGUAUUGAUGUGGUUUUGAAUUUAAA